AUGGAAAGUAAAGAGGAAUACCACGAUCCAGAUUAUCCUGAGACUACAAUUUCCUCUAAGGAAGGACCUCCAAACUUACCCGAAGGAGAUAAAAUAGAUAAAAUUAAAAACAUAAUUCGUCGAGAGUUUGGAAAUGAAUUAGAUAUAAAAGAAAACGAAGUUAUGUUAGUAGAUCAACGGAUGCUGACGGCGAGGCGAGUGCUACAUGAGCUUCGCUACAGUGUCGUUAACAGCUACUACAAGGAGCAGAAGCUGCAACUCACUGCAAGUCAACUACAGGAUGAGCUGGCUGCACAGAGUGAGCCCCGAGCGAGAGCGGAGGUGUCAACACUUUUGCGUGAUGGUCAACGCCAAAUACAUCCAUCUGUGCGGAAGCUGCUGGGUAAAAAGACGGUGGACCUCCAAGAGAUAUUCAAAAUAAGGGAGCCGAGGCUUAAGGCUAGAAAGGAUUAUUCUGCCAUGCUUCAGACCCGCAACUAUACAGUGGCAGCUGACUCCACAAAAUCACUCCGACCAGAAAUACACAGACCAUCGGAUUCUGCACCACAAUCUCCCGAUGAGCCUGAUAAAUCGGAGAAACCUAAGAAGAUACCGCGACAUCUGGAUCCAAAGGUUGUCAAUGUGGUCACUUUGGACGAAGCUACCAGAAACAAAAUGAAACAUCGGUAUAGGAUUAUUAUAGGCAACACGUCGAAGUACGCGCCGGGCGGGUCCCGCGCAGACCGCUCUACGCACACGUGGCUGCUGUACGUGCGCGGUGCCGACGCUGUGUUGCGCGCUGUAUCCGUGCGCCUGCACCACUCGUACGCGCCGCACCACGUCGUGCGCCUUGAGUGA